UUUUGUUUUGUAUUUUCGAAAUGUGUACAAAUAGGUUCAAAAAAAAUCUCUAAACAUUUCGGUAUUGGAAGACCCAUGAUUUUCGAGAAAAAAAUAAGGAACUUUCAAAUACAUUAAUCAUCUAGAACAAAAUUUAAAAUAUAUUGUAAAUUCAAGUAAAUUCAAAAUGUCUUCAGAGCACAAUGACAACUAUAAUUUUGAUACAAAGUUUUUUCCACAAGAAUUAACAGAGGAUAAUGUAAACUUCUUAAAAGGCAUUUUAGAGUUUGGUUUAAAUCCACCAAAAAGGAGUUUAAAUGUGCCCGUCAUGAGUGAAAAACAUUAUUGGGAAAUGAUGCAUGAACCAAAGAAGCAAGAAUCAUCUAUUAUUAAAUCAUGCUUUAAAGUUGUAAAUAGAUUUCAGUCUUCCUACUUUAUCAAUAGAACGACUAUUCUAGGAAAAAUACAAGUCAGUCUAAUACCAGAAGAACUGUUAAAUGAUCCAUUGAUUAUAAUAUUAGGCGGACUAUGGAUUGCAGUUCAUUGCUUUUAAAAGCCAAACUUUUGAAGAUAUAAGACCGCCAAUUUAAAUAACUAUAUAUAUAACAAAUGUACAAAAUCAGUAAUAUCAAACAUAAAGGCCCAGUUCGCAAAAUGAAAUAAGUACAAUGAGUUAAAGAUAUAUCUAAGAGACAAGUUUUUUGUGGAUACGUUUAUUCGAAUUACAAAAAGAAACGUUAGAAAUGAAUUAAUUAUAUAAUCAUAUAAUUAUGUUAAAAUUAUAUUAGUGAAGAAAUAUUAGGUGUAAAAUCGCAAAUAGUAUAAUUUAAUUCAUAUAGUUAGAUCU